AACUUCUAGAGAAGAUUAUGUUGCUUUGGAGGAAGUAUAGCGAAUGUAUGGGGUCUUUUGGAAAUACUGUGCUGGUUAGCUAUGCACAUCCCAGUGACUGAAAGCCACCAACAUGUUCCACUGACUCUCUGAUUCACCAUGGAGGAAGCAGUGACAUCUGAGGAUGCUGAAUCCCUGCCUUCCGCCUCCCAAAACUCUGACAUCCACCUCAGAGAGCCAGAGGAUGGGUGUCCUUCUGACACUAGCCCAGAGCCCAGCUCCCCGUCCUCACCUUCACAUCAGCAAACUCAAGGCUCUGCCGUAUCUGCGCUGCAGUCCAAGGUCAAGGCUCUCUCUGAGCGCAGCAGAGUUGCCUGGAAAGAACCUGAAAGUAAGAACCAGGACAAGAAGGUGAUUCCUGGGACUUUCAUGCUUGGAUAUGCCCUCACUGAUGCUUGGGCCUCCAGCAGCAGCGAUGAAGAAGGGGAACCUCGCAAGCCCCUGAUGUUCCUCACAGGAGACCCUAAGCCUCAGGUAGAACUCGACCAUAAUCCCAUCUCUUCCGAAGUGUUGCUGACAGUUCCCCGUGGCCUUGGAGAAGGAGCAAGUCUGGAGAACCUCUCGAACGAUGUUUGCGGUACUCAGGACGGUGCUUCCCUAUCCGAUAAUCCUUGGAUGCCACCAAAGUAUUUCUGGAGGUCCAUUAGGCCGGAGUUGCCACUUCCAAACGGGGAUGUUCCUGUUGGGAAAGACGGACCAAAUGGAUUGCCAUGGGCCCUUGGCUCCAAAAUGGGCCACAAGUUUCCAAGGGAACUCCAAAGGUCUGACAGCCUGGAGAGUCACCUACGCAGGUACAAUCAUGACGAGGUGGGACAAAAAGGACUCUGGCGGGCCGACAGCUUAGAGAGCAUGUGCAGCAGUGAAGGCACGCUGUCUCUGGCCGAGAGGGUCGAGAUGAACCGUGGCCUUCUCAAACAGAUGCUGCAGAAAACCCAGAACAAAGACCAUGUGCCAGGACAGAGGCUGGAGGACCUGAUGCAUAUUGGUGGUAGAGUUUCUACAGAUAUAUGUGUCCUGAAUGACAGUGAUUGGGAUUCUGGGAUAUCGCUCCAAGGUAGUGAACACAGCCAAAGGGCCUUUGUGUUGGGCGACAACCUUCCGCUGAGCCCUCGCCACGAGCAGGCCAAACGACUGCUAGAGAGAGCGCGUAUGAAGGCCCGGUCCAACCCUCUCAAAGCCGACCACACCAUCCUACCCGUCCAGAGGGACAACCCGGAGCUGCUCUCCUGGGUUGGUGUACCCUUACACCAGGCUCCUCUUGCCGGGAAGGAGGGCGUGGCGGUGGUCUCUGGAAACCUCAGUGACUCCUCUAGCGGCGACUCACUUGGUGGCACCCGGCGGAGGCACGGCCAGUCCCCAACUCGCGUGCGUUUCGAAGACGAAUCCGAGAAGGAUGCCGAGGUGCGCUACCUGGAGCGGCUACGCCAGCGACGCAGGGCUGGAGAAAGAGCACAGGGCCUGCUGGUGUCCAAACCCAGCUUGUCGUCUUACAUCAAUGGAAAGGCGGAGACGGGACAUGGCUCGAAGGAUUCAAUAUUCUGGAAGACAAAAGCCAAGAAGAGUUUGUUAAAUGGCAAAGGUUCGGAGACAGCAAACAGGCAGUGCAACUCAUGUGGGACCUUUCUAAAUGAACCCCAUGAUCCUAGCUUGAACUCAAAUUCUCUGUCCGUACCUAACGGGGAAGUAGAAGGGAAAAAGGUACCAUGUUGGGUUGCUCCCACACUUCCCAACCGGCUAGUCCGGAUCGAACAGAUUAAGGAGACGUACAUUGGGACGAGUCCUGCUAUUGUCCACAGCGAUGGAACGCAUUGCAGUCCUGCGGAUAAUGUGAGCAGUAGAGGAACCUUCCAGAAGCUGAAGAAGAAGGUCCGAAAACUGGAGAGUAAGCAGGAACCCUUGUACGUCAAUGGCCUUAGGGUUCCGACACCUCCGGACUGCAACAAACUCACACCCAACGGGACUCAAAUGUGUCUCUCGAAUGGAGUAGCAUUGCCAUUCAACCCCUACGCCACUGAUUUACUUGGACAGAGAAUACCAGCCACAUGCAGCCCUACAUCCAGCAAAGGGAUUGUGGCACCUCCGUUGCCUCCAAAAGGAGAACCGCCAAGUUCCCACCUUCCCCACCAAACCCCUCCUCCUCUCCAACCGAAAAAAUCUGCCCUGAAGUCCAGCUCCAAAGACCGCUCUAAUGGUCGACGGACCGUCACACUCAUGUCUUCGCCAGAGUAUCUGGACUCCACAGAGGCAGGGGGCAUUGUGCAGGAGCAGACUCCCUCUGGGUUGGGUUACUGGGAGGACAGAUCUGUCAUGGUCACCCCUGGACCCUUACUCAAGACAAGUCCGGUUCUGUGUGCUCGAAACCUACCCAUACAAGGGGAGGAGAGGUCUACAGAUGUGGAACAACACCACACUACAGGACAACUAGGAUCUGACGCAACAUCCAGCAGUGCUGAAUCAACCCAGACUCAUCUCACCGAUGGACACGUCAGAGGGCCAAUCAGACCAGUGCAUCUCAGGGCAACUAGCCCAAACUUUUCCCAAGCGGGGAUGGAUGCGGAGCAUCGGGAGGGUCGACCCAAACUCUCCCUGCGGCGGUUCUUCUCUGCCAUGGGGCUGAACAGUGUGGGGUUGCUGGGAAAGGGACGAUCCAGCAGCAUGGAUCAGCUCAGCCUGCACCACAAACCCAACUCAAACUCGAACCAAAACCUUCGGCCAUCAUCACCCUCCACCUCCCCCAGCCCCACACACAGACACCACCACCAGCUAAAGAAAGCCCCCUCACUGCAGACUAUAUGUCUGGGGUCUCCGUUUCUCCAGCUGAGGAGAUCUUCAUCGGCUCAAAAUCUCCAAAUACCCAAGAUGAAAUCAGACCGCUCCUCUGCAUACACUCCAGGAGAACAGCCCUGUAGCCCUGUAUUAAACAGGGGUCUUGACCGUGCCUUGAGUGUGGAGGACGUGGGGCGGCCCAGUGGGGUGCGCCCGGUGGGACGCGUGGCUCAGGCCUUCCCUGACGGCACCAUCUUACUGGAGCUCUCCAGACCCCCCAACGGCCCCUUCGGCUUUGUCAUUGCACGAGGAAAAGGCAGGCCAGACUCAGGGGUGUACGUUGAAGAAAUGGGCGACAGCAAUAUGGAGAAACUCUACGCGGGGCUGCUCGGGGUCGGGGACGAGAUCUUAGAGGUGAACGGCGAGAAGGUGGCGGGACAUAGUCUGGACCUGGUGACCCGUUUAAUGACUCAAAACAGUACGGCUUCAAUCCGCGUACUACGACAUAGACGCCUACAGCGCUAACUGAAGACCAAACUGAGCCAGAAUGACUCCGAUGGCGUUUUGUUUCAAUCGAACACUGUGUUAAAGAGCGUCAGAAAUGAAGUCAGGGAUGAGUUUGUGUAAACGGCAGACCUUUGGUGUUUUUUUUUUUUGGGCUGUUGAGCAAUGAUGGUGUGACGGUCCAUUUUAUAGGGAUGGUUACCCAAAAAUGAAGUGUUUUUUCAUGUAUUUUGUUCAUUUUUGGGGCAAACUCAUCCCUAAAGCGUCUGUUAUGGCUAAUUUACAGUGGUACCUCAAAAAAAUACCAUAUUCAGUCACAUUCAUUGGAUCGUUGUUUCCUAUCAGAAUGGUACUAUUGAAUUGUAUCGUGACAGUAUAUUAUAUUAUAUCUGUGGCACAAAUUAUGUAUGAAGGACUGCAAGUUAAACUCAAGUAUUAUUGUAAUGAAGGACAGUCUAAACGUGUUUGCCAAAAAAGACCAAUGAACGUUAAUGUUUAUUCUUCUUCUGAACAUUUUGUUUCAUUCAAAGCCUCCGUCGUUUUCGCAUUCAGACUGUCGGUUCUAAUACAAAACCUUCUCCAUGCUGCUAACAAGUAUAUUGCACACGGUCAAAAAAAGGCUUAUACGCUCUGUUAGAACUCAGUGCACACGCUGCAGUCGCAUUGAUCAUCAGCUCUAAAUGCUCUUUAGUAAAGUGAUUCGAUAUUUCUCUAUGAGGCAGCGCAUUGGUAUGCCUCUACAGUGCAACCUGACACCAUUAGCGUGCUGUCCUGAAGGAUAUCAGUGUUAUGGUACGUG